AUGUUUGGACCGGAACAGAUACAGCACAAUGGCCGACACAAGCUUAUCGUCGAUCCCUCCAGGUUACUGGUUCCCACUGGGAAUGGAGUUUUCUGGUGGACACCUGGCUGGAUAGAGAGAUUGAAUCGUCCGCAACGUAAAAUUUCUCAAGGUAAAUUGAAGUCUUCAGAUAUCACCAGCUAA